ACCUAGUAGCCUAGUACCAACCAAAGCAAACUCAACCCCAUUGCACGCCCAUGAUUAUUUUUCCGAUGUUUCGUCGCUUUUAUGCUUUAAACGGCAUCAUUUCCUGGUGCAGAAAAUCAAAGCCAAAUAGCUAUCCUCGAGCACAAGUUGAAGAAUAAUCGAAGCUGCCGUAGCUGAACUUGGUGCGAUCGAUUUAACAAUCUGCUAACUCCAAAUGAACACUUGCUCAACUCUUCUUCGCACAUCGCUCUCUUCUUUCAAAUGCAGCCUUUGCUCCACUCAACCCACUCUUACUGUGCUUCCACCCGCCUUUUUCCUCACUUCAGGAUUAAGGGUUGCUUCCAGAUGUUACGCUUCAGCUCAAGAAGCUGCGUCAAUCGAACCCAUUCACAUAAAUGACCAACCCUUAUCCCCAAAUCCCAUCAUUGAACCCCCUGAAGACCAACCCAAUGACACCGUCGAGCACCUCCUCACGCACGCCGAUGACGUGGCUAGGUUGAUGAAGAUGGAGCGCAAGACCGUUCACGAUGAUGCGUCUCGGUGGUUCCCAUAUAUUGACAGGUUCAAAUGCCACAACACUUUUGUCACGAGUGGUGAGAUUUUAGAGGCGGUAGGUCCGUGCAUCUCCGAUGUCAGGAAGGAGAGGUUCAGGAAUGUGGUCCGCAACCGGAGCUAUUCUGUGUGUUUGGUUGUCGAAGGGCUCAGUGACUUUGGGAAUGUCUCUGCUGCAUUUCGCUCUGCUGAUGCACUUGGGUUCCAGUCCGUUCAUGUGGUCUCUUGUGACAGCUCCAAAAGGUACAGAGAAAAUCGCCAUGUGAGCAUGGGUGCUGAGAAAUGGUUGGACAUUGAACUGUGGGAUUCUACAAAGGAGUGCUUUAAAGUAUUGAAAUCACGCGGUUAUCGAAUUGCGACAACUCAUUUAGGAAUGGAUACGGUUUCCAUUUAUGACUUGGACUGGUCAUGCCCUACUGCAAUCAUAGUGGGAACGAGAGGCAGGGGAAUUAGUGAUGAGGCUCUGGAGUUGUCUGAUUUGCACUGCAGUAUUCCCAUGAAAGGGAUGGUGGACUCUUUCAAUGUUUCAGUUGCUGCAGGAAUCCUCAUGCACCAUGCUGUUUGCGACCGAAUAUCACGGAUGGGUUGUCAUGGUGAUCUGACAUCGGAAGAAAGCCAAACCCUACUUGCAGAGUUCUCAUUGCGCCAUAGCAGGAGUGCCAUUAGUAUUGUCCAUGAGUAUGCAAAGCGCAAGGCAACUCUCUUGACCUGAGAACUCUAACAGGAAGUUGACUAAUUCCUGCAAAGUGGCACGGCAUACACAUCACUGCAUUAGCUUGUAGCAGGAUUUUGGAAGGACGAUAAGGUCCGUACCAUAGAAUUACAAGCACCUAUUUUGAAUGACGACUAUUGGUAGUCUUGUUCUUUCCACCACAUUGUGUUAUGUAUCUGUUUUUUUUUUUUUAAUGUAUCAAUGAAAAAGGUAAAAAUGUUAUUUUAAAAUUACUCAUAAGUUGUAACUAUCCCAUUACCUAUAUCAUGAUGCUAUCUUUUUCAC